GCGUGGCAUCGAAAGGAGUCAGUUUCCGCGUAGUCUCCGGCACGUCGGUCACGCCAGGUGCCGUUUAUCUACCUGUCCGCUCCGCGUGUCUGUCAGACGGUACGCGCGAGGUACACGAGAAGAUUGUCGAGAAGAUGCAUCCGUCGCAGCGCGAUGCUCAUCGCGUCCGAAUCGCGCUGUUCUCGCUGGUUCUCUUAAUGCGAAGCUUGGCGACAUCGGAGCCGGCAAAGUCGAACACGACCAGCGCUAUUUCCGAGAAUGACGAGGAAGAGCUACUCGCGAACAUGAAUCUAACGACAUUCAAGGAGAGAUACCGGAGAUUGAUACCGUACAUGACUUUCUAUGUCGCCAAUAACUACUUGCACGCCCAAACUGCGUUGGAGCAAAAUUACGCGACGGAUCCAUCGAUCAACUUGCUCCGGAAACUUUCGCCGCCGGAGCAGCACCCUUUGAGCCGGCUCGGCGGCGUGCCGAGGCGAGGAAAUAAAUACCGUGUCAAUUUACCCGAUCAAGACAAGAAGUUCGUUCCAUCUGUGCAAUUUGAUCCUAGAAAUAUCGGAGGCGACAACGACUACUUUACACCGGUCAAGUAUAGCGCCAAGAUCAACUAUGCCGAAUAUUCCACUCCGUCUUAUCAGCUCUAUCGGGUGGAAAAGACUUAUCCCGAGAUUACCACGCCUUCCACUCAGAUCUUGCAGGAAAAUCGAUAUUUCGUUACCGCGAGACCCCUGCGACCUCCCGUUCCCGCGCGAGAGCAACACUUGAUCAAGAAACCGCUGCUUGGCAGCUCGCAGGACGAUUACGAUCAGGUUACGGCGAAGAUACCGAACGUCAUCGUUAGCUACCCCAAUAAAGAAUACGAAGGUUUGAGAUACAUCCCGCCACCGAUACAUCCGAACGUGCAGCAGCAGUCAUCCACCUCGCAAAUUUAUCGAAAACCGAACGUGAUUAAUAAUUUAGUCAAGAGUUUUCAGUUGACCGAGCAACUGCCAGAAAUAUUAAACAACGACAACAUCGAUAGCAGUAUCAAGACCCUUUUAGAAAUUAUCAAUAUUCUGCACAAUUCGCGGCAGGAAAAUUUGCCGCAGCCACAGAAACCGUUACUGUCGCCGCCCAGACUGACUAAUUAUAAACCGAAAACACACACGCGACCAAAAGUGAUUACCGAGACGAGGUUCCAGGCGACUCCGAAUCCUUUAUUGAUCACCGAAGAUCCCGAACGAUAUAAGGUAGCGAACGUCGAUAACGUCCGGCUCAAGACACCACAAUUACAAUCAGAUAAUAUAAAUCACAUAAAAGAUGAAAAGGUGGAAUAUUACAUCCCUUAUGUUCAGGAUAUUUCGAAUGAAUCUAAUCAGCAAGGAUUCAGACCAACCCCCAGACCUGAUACGACCGAACAUACCUACGAGAUCACGGAAGAUCUUAGUGACGACGUCCUACAGGACGAACGGUACACUUUGCCGAUUUCUACCGAAGCAUCCGUGAGUCAGGAACACGUGGCGCCCAACGAAAUUACGCAUCCAAAACCGAAAACAUCCUUGAAAUACGGUGCGACACGCGGAAAACCCCAUGUCGAUUAUCCAACGUACGCGAUUAUACCCGAAACUAAUUUCUCUUGUAAAAGUCAAAGAUACAAAGGGUUCUUCGGCGAUCCAGCGACUAGAUGUCAAGUGUGGCAUUACUGCGAUCUUAAUGGCGGUAAAUCGUCGUUUUUAUGUCCGAACGGCACGAUAUUCAGUCAGAUAGCAUUGACUUGUGAUUGGUGGUUCAAUGUAAAAUGCGAAACGACUACUCAAUUAUACGUUUUAAACGAGCGAUUGUAUAAAUAUAUUUUGCCAAUUAUGCCCAAGUUUCCUGAAGAUUUUACCGGUCCGGAAGUCGAUCGAUACUUGGAACUCAAAUUCAAAGAAAUGGAGGCAAAACUGAAGGAAAAGAAACUGAAGAAGCAGCAAGAGGACAAAAGCAAGCAUAAAGCAAGCAAAUCGCAAACAUCGAAUGACGAAGAAUAGACGUAUAAAAUGUUAAAUAAUUUAAUCGUAACGUACGAUAUCUGACUCGUUGCCAUUAUAAUAUAUACAUUAUAAAACAAAAAUCGUAGUCUAUAAAGAUUACAAAGACGAAGAGCUUGCAGUUUCGGAAAAGUGCAAUAUAUAUAUAAUAGAGUUAUAUAUAUUUUAAUGAGAUAAAGAGAGGAUCAUACACAACAUCCUCGCGCGAAAAAAUAAUAAGUUAUAAUAAGAUUAUCUUACAAUCUGUUACGGGUAUGAAAUGGCUGAUGAUAUUAUGUAUUUCUUCUAUUAUCUCUAGUCAUAUUGUAUUAUUUAUCACCGAAAGUGCUCGCCUGUCUCUAUGAGCUUUAUUUCUUUUGGCCUACUUGGCCUAAAUUUAUUUAUUUUUAUUACUGACGUAUAUACGUUUUAUAGUUCUUGAUUCUUUAUCGAAAAAAAUAUUUAGAAAAAUAAGUACUCACCUUUUUUGUCUGGCUAACUCGCAGCAGCGUCUCCUCGAUGUUUGUGUAAACCUGAUUAAACUCGGGUAAUAGGGUCUGGUUCUGUAAAUAAAACA